GUAUAGAAUUGGUUGCGUGGCGAUUAAAUUUGUUACUGGCUUUAACAAUUAUUUUUAAAUAUAUCGUGUAUAAAAAGUUAUAAUCCCUUUAAAUAUAUUUUUUAUAUAAAAAUGUCAACAAAACAAGAAAUGGAAAAAAUGUAUCCAUAUACGCAAAAUUUACCCGGUGCAGAAACAUUACAGCCAACAGCUCCACCACCUGGAGUGAUGGGUUAUACACCAAUGAUUGCGAAUACAAAUGCUGGGCCUAUUCCAAAUGUUGGACCCGCUCCAAAUGUUGGACCUGUUCCAAAUGUUGGAGCACCUCAACCAGUUUACUACAUGCAAGCUGCACCAACUAUAUUACAACUUGGUCCAAAAGAGAUGAUAACUUUUUGCCCAUCAUGUCAAAGUAGAAAUAUGACCAGAAUUGUACAUGAAAGCAAUUCUAGAACUCACUUAAUUGCUGGAAUAUUGUGUCUACUGACUUGCUGCUGCUGCUGCAUCCCUUACUGCAUGGACAGUUGCAAAAGUUCUCUACAUUACUGCACUCAAUGCAAUGCGUACCUGGGCUCAUAUUCCAACUAAACUUGAUUAAAAUAACUAUAAUAUUUCAUAUAUGAGAACUAAUUAGUUUUUCCAUUUAUUGUUCAAGACACCAAAAUAUAUUAUUAUUCGAAAUAUAGUA